GAAAUCGAGAGAGAUGACAGUGGCAAAAGUGUGAUCAAAGGGUGAUUGUGGUGUGUAACGAUAAUAGUGUGUUUUACGGGAAAGAGCUGUGUACAUCGCAAAAAUGGAGAUCGAAAUCCUGUCAGCAAAGUCUUCAAAGCCGAUGGCCAAUAUUAAUGUAAAUCUGAUCACUACGAUAGGAGAGAUCAAACAGCAAUUGCAUAAUUUAAAGAAAGCUCCAUAUGUCCAAAGACAGAGUCUGAGAUUGGAAGCUAGGGGCAAAGCACUUUCUGAUUCGGAAACAAUUAAAUCUUUGUCACUGAAAACAGGUGGAAAAUUGUAUUAUAAGGAUCUCGGUCCUCAGAUCGGUUGGAAGACUGUAUUUCUGCUGGAAUAUGCAGGACCGUUGGUGGUAUAUCUUUGGUUAUAUCAACGUCCAUGGUUAUUUUAUGGAAAUGUUGACACCACUAAUUUUCAUUACGUAGCAAAUUGGGCAGCAGUUGGUUGGACAGUGCAUUAUGCAAAACGUCUGUUGGAGACCUUAUUUAUUCACCGUUUUAGUCAUGCAACGAUGCCACUGCGUAAUUUAUUCAAAAACUGCUCAUAUUAUUGGCUCUUUGCUAUGUAUGUGGCAUAUCACACAAAUCAUCCAUUAUAUACGGCUCCAAGCUCUCUCCAGGUCUACAUUGGAGCAGGAACAUUUGUGCUAUGCGAACUGGGCAAUCUCAGCAUUCACUUGGCUCUGAGGAAUCUAAGGCCACCAGGCACAACAGUCAGGAAGGUCCCCAUGCCGACCGACAAUCCUUUCACGGCGCUCUUUAAAUUUGUCUCCUGUCCCAAUUAUACAUAUGAAAUAGGUAGCUGGAUUGGUUUCACUGUAAUGACUUCAUGUCUUCCAGCUGGUUUAUUCGCGCUCGCCGGUGCGUAUCAAAUGACUGUAUGGGCAUUGGGAAAGCAUAGAGCAUACAAGAAGGAGUUCUCGCAUUAUCCGAAGAAUCGUAAAGCCAUCAUUCCAUUUAUUCUUUAAGUCGAUGCAUUUAUAUGAACUUGUUCACUUGAACAACGUAGGUAUUCUUAACAUAAUAUUAUUUAAGAUUAAAAGUUGGAUAAUAUAAUUGGUCGUGAAUAUAUAAAUAACAAUCAUUUUAA